AUGUUGAUCCGUGUCCGCUCCAAGAAUGGUACAUGGCGCGUGGAAGAUCUAACACUUUCCUCCACUAUUGCAGACAUUAAACGUUGGAUCUUUGAGCAGCACUCAAUUGCACCAAAUCAACAGGAAUUAACGUUGGACCAACAAAACGUACAGAAGACCACAGACAUACAGACUUUACGUGAGCUUCAUGUUGGCCAUGGUGACAUGCUCUUUUUGAAUUACGAUGGCGAAACAGUGGGAACUGGUGGUGCUAUUGGUACGAAGAUUAAUUCAGAUGGUACAAUCACACACGUUUCGUACGACGAUCGUGCUGACAAGCAAUCGUUUCGUCCGGGUUUAAAGUCACUGCGGGACAUGAAGAUGCACUGGACACUGGACGAGUUUAUGCGCAUGGACGCUCAGUUUGAGUUCAAAAUUAGUGCUCAGAAAGAACCACACGUGGCAAAGGUACAUUUGGACAGUGCGAGCUGCAAUGAUUUUCAGGCCUAUCUGCGUCAAUUUGCCUUCCAGCAAUCGCGGUGCGGUUGGCUCUACGGCUCUGUAGCUACCGAGACCAAGGAAGUGACAGUAGAAUUUAUCUAUGAACCACCGCAAGAGGGCAAUCCAUACGGCUUUGAAGUGUUGGACGACCCCAACGCAGAUAAGGUCGACGCUGUCGCGGAAGCACUUGGUUACGAAAAAGUUGGCUGGGUAUUUUCGCAUCCUCCGCGUGAAGACAACGACUUCCACUUCUCGGCACGCGAGAUUCUAUUAGUGGCACAGCUUCAGGCCGAUGCAGGCGGCAAGAGUUCGCUGUUCUUAACACUGAAGGUAACAUUGGACAAAGAAGGCCAGGCGUCGUUUGAAGCCUUCCAGGUCAGCGAUCAGUGCGUUGAAAUGUUUGCGGCUGGCGCAUUGCUGGAAAGUGAGAAAAACCCUAAGGCAUGUACAGUCAGUGACACCUUCACGGCUCUUGUGGAGGCCAAGCAAGCGAGCGAGAUCGACAAUAACUUUUUCCUAUGUGUCGUGCCUGUGGUACCGCACGAGUCUCCGCUGCGUUGCGAAUUCCCCAAGCUCAAUCGAGAAAGCUCGUACCGCAAUAGUGCGGCACUCAAGUCUCAGCUACAGAAGUACCGCAACGAGCCUUUUGCCAAGCGUAUCAGCGACUUCCAGUUACUUGUUUUCCUGUCCGAUUUCCUUGACCUGCAUACGGACAUCCCGUCCAUCUGCCAAGCAGUGCGCGACCCAAACAUCUCGCUGGACUCGGGCUACUCAAUUCUUAUUGACUCAGUCGCAGGGAGUCAGUGA